CCCAAACUGAACUGACUGACUGAAGGCCUGCACUCAGCUGACCGUGGCGCCAGACUCGCAGGCGCAGCCAAUGCAUGCUUUCUCACCUACCGGGCUUGCGCCUACCCUGACCGGCCUCCCCACCAUCCCGAGAAGGGCCUCAAGUACCCUGCGUCCUCUGCAUCUGGGACAGGAUUGGGGGCUGCAGCCGCCGCCAGCAAGGGCGUCUAUGGAGGCAUCGCGGUUACCCUAGGGCCAGGAGAGGCGCCGGGACCUGGAGAGCAGCUCCAGCAGCCGGGGGUUGGGCAGAGCAGCGGUAGCACAGUCCCUGGGGGCCACCAUGAGCGGGACCAGUGCGGCCCCCGGCCCGGGCUCCGGCCCGACUUCGGCCCCCAGCCGCUUCGCCCAUUACUUCGUGCUGUGCGGGAUUGACGCGGACAGCGGGCUGGAGCCCGAUGAGUUAGCGGGAGAAAACUUUGACCAAAGUCCCUUGAGAAGAACUUUCAAGUCCAAAGUUUUGGCCCACUAUCCUCAGAAUGUAGAAUGGAACCCCUUUGAUCAAGAUGCAGUCAAUAUGCUUUGUAUGCCUAAAGGACUAUCCUUCAGAACUCAAAUGGAUAAUAGAGACCCUCAGUUCCACUCGUUUAUAAUUACCAGGGAAGAUGGUUCCCGCACCUAUGGUUUUGUUCUUACUUUUUAUGAAGAAGUUACCAGUAAGCAGAUCUGCACAGCAAUGCAUACACUCUACCAGAUGCAUAAUGCAGAACAUUACAGUAGUGUCUAUGCCUCAUCCUCCUGCAGCAUGGAUUCCCUCACAAGCAAUAUUGAUGAGGGUGAUGCAACUUCACUUGCUAAGCUCCAGCGAUACAACUCCUAUGACAUUAGCAGAGAUACACUGUAUGUUUCAAAAAGUAUAUGUCUGAUCACUCCACUGCCAUUCAUGCAAGCUUGCAAGAAAUUUCUCCUUCAGCUUUAUAAGGCAGUUAGCUCCCAGCAGCCUCCACCCUUGCCUCUUGAGAGCUAUAUUCAUAACAUUCUUUAUGAGGUGCCCCUUCCACCUCCAGGGAGGUCAUUAAAAUUUUAUGGCGUUUAUGAGCCUGUCAUUUGCCAGAGGCCUGGACCCAAUGAACUCCCACUUUCAGAUUAUCCUCUUUGGGAAGUCUUUGAACUUCUAGGAUUGGAAAAUCUUGUUCAGGUAUUCACAUGUGUUCUCCUAGAAAUGCAGAUUCUCUUAUAUUCACAAGAUUAUCAGCGCCUGAUGACAGUAGCAGAAGGGAUCACUACCCUUUUGUUCCCAUUUCAGUGGCAACAUGUCUAUGUCCCCAUUCUUCCUGCCUCCCUCCUUCAUUUUCUCGAUGCUCCUGUACCGUAUCUGAUGGGACUUCAGUCAAAAGAAGGAACCGAUCGCUCUAAACUAGAACUUCCACAGGAGGCAAACUUGUGCUUUGUGGACAUUGAUAAUCACUUUAUUGAGCUUCCAGAAGAAUUUCCACAGUUCCCUAAUAAACUAGAUUUUAUCCAGGAAAUCUCUGAAGUUCUCCUUCAGUUUGGAAUUCCUCCUGAGGGUAGCCUACACUGCAGUGAAAGCAGCAUUAAACUUAAGAAUAUUGUUCUGAAGGACUUGGUCAAUGAUAAAAAGAAUGGAAAUGUCUCUACAAACACAAUCCACAUGUAUGAAUUACUGAAAGGCAAUGAAACCAUAGCCCGUCUUCAGGCUCUAACCAAGAGGACUGGUGUAACUGUGGAAAAAGUAGCCCUUUCUACUUCUCUGGCUGAAAAGAACUUAAAACUACAAUGUGAAGAAGCAGAAAUGAGGGACUAUAAGCUCAAUGUACAACUUCGGGAGGUCUUUGCCAACCGCUUCACACAGAUGUUUGCUGAUUAUGAGGCUUUUGUGAUUCAGACAGCACAGGACAUGGAAUCGUGGCUGACCAAUAGGGAGCAGAUGCAGAACUUUGACAAGGCUUCUUUCUUGUCUGAUCAACCUGAGCCUUAUCUCCCAUUCCUUUCACACUUCAUUGAAACACAGAUGUUUGCCACCUUUGUUGAUAAUAAAAUUAUGUCCCAGUGGGAGGAAAAAGAUCCUCUACUUCGAGUUUUUGACUCAAGGAUUGAGAAGAUAAGACUGUAUAAUGUAAGAGCACCUGUUUUACGGACCUCUAUAUAUCAGAAAUGCAACACUUUAAAAGAAGCAGCCCAAUCCAUUGAGCAGCGGCUAAUGAAGAUGGAUCACUCUGCCAUCCACCCCCAUUUACUUGACAUGAAGAUUGGUCAAGGCAAAUAUGAACAAGGGUUCUUUCCAAAGUUACAGGCUGAUGUCCUAACAACCAACAAUAAUCGCUGGGUUAGCCGGAGUGCCACAGCACAGCGUAGGAAAGAUCGCCUAAGACAACAUUCAGAACAUGUUGGAUUAGACAAUGACUUAAAAGAGAAAUACAUGCAGGAAGCAAGGAGUUUAGGAAAAAAUCUGAGACAACCCAAAUUGUCAGAUCUCUCUCCAGCAGUCAUAGCUCAGACCAACUGGAAAUUUGUAGAAGGCUUACUAAAAGAAUGUAGAAUGAAGACAAAACGCAUGUUGGUGGAAAAGAUGGGACAUGAAGCAGUGGAACUUGGCCAUGGUGAAGCAAACAUAACAGGUUUGGAGGAGAAUACUUUAAUUGCCAGCCUAUGUGACCUGCUGGAAAGAAUAUGGAGCCAUGGCCUUCAGGUCAAGCAGGGGAAGUCUGCUUUGUGGUCACAUUUAAUUCAAUAUCAAGACAGAGAAGAGAAUCAAGAACACCUUGCAGAAUCCCCAGUUUCCCUGGGACCAGAAAGAAGAAAAUCUGACUCAGGAGCCACAUUACCAACACUUAGAGUCUCUCUUAUUCAAGACAUGAGACACAUUCAGAAUAUGAGUGAAAUCAAGACUGAUGUGGGUCGAGCUCGGGCAUGGAUAAGAUUAUCUCUUGAAAAGAAGCUCUUGUCUCAACAUCUCAAGCAGCUGGUUUCUAAUCAACCACUAACUAAGAAACUUUAUAAACGUUAUGCUUUCCUGCGCUGUGAAGAAGAAAGAGAACAGUUUCUAUACCACCUCCUUUCCCUCAAUGCUGUGGACUACUUCUGUUUCACUAGUGUAUUCACCACAAUCAUGAUUCCUUAUAGAUCAGUGAUCAUUCCAAUUAAGAAGUUAAGCAAUGCAAUCAUCACUUCAAACCCCUGGAUCUGUGUGUCAGGUGAACUAGGAGAUACAGGAGUGAUGCAAAUUCCUAAAAACCUCCUUGAAAUGACCUUUGAGUGCCAGAAUCUGGGAAAACUGACCACUGUUCAAAUCGGUCACGAUAACUCAGGGCUGUUGGCCAAGUGGCUCGUGGAUUGUGUCAUGGUCAGAAAUGAAAUCACAGGACACACAUACAAGUUCCCAUGUGGGAGAUGGCUAGGAAAGGGAAUAGAUGAUGGAAGCUUGGAGAGAAUUCUUAUUGGAGAGCUGAUCCCAUCAACAACAGAGGAAGAUCUGGGAAAACAGUGUCGUACCCCACCCCAGCAGAAAUCACCUACCAUACCCCGAAGGUUGAGCAUUACUUCCCUCACUGGAAAAAUUAAUAGCAAACCCAAUGCUGGGCAGAUUCAAGAAGGAAUUGGGGAAGCUGUGAACAACAUUGUGAAACACUUUCACAAACCUGAAAAAGAGAGGGGAAGCCUCACCAUAUUGCUGUGUGGAGAAAAUGGCCUCGUUGCAGCAUUAGAACAAGUUUUUCAUCAUGGAUUCAAAUCUGCUCGAAUCUUUCACAAGAAUGUCUUCAUCUGGGACUUCAUAGAGAAAGCUGUUGCUUAUUUUGAAACUACUGAUCAAAUUGAGGACACCGAAGAUGAAGUUCUUAUUCAGAAAUCAUCCUGCAAAACCUUCUGCCACUAUGUUAAUGCUAUCAAUACUGCACCCAGGCACAUUGGAAAAGAUGGCAAAUUCCAGAUCCUGGUUUGUCUUGGGACAAGGGAUCACCUUCUCCCCCAGUGGAUUCCAUUAUUGGCCGAAUGUCCUACCAUCACCAGAAUGUAUGAAGAAAAUGCUCUUCUUAGAGACCACAUGACUGUAAACUCCCUCAUUCGCGUCCUGCAGACAAUACAGGACUUCAAUAUCGUCUUAGAAGGAUCACUUGUUAAAGGAGUGGAUGUUUAACUUGGUUUUGCUGAAGGCUGUGGGUCCUUAUUCUUUACCUCUCCCGGCUUCUUUGUCAGAUUGUUGGCCCUUCCCAAGGGGAAGGAAAAUAUGUGUGAAGGGGAGGAAGAUAUGUGUGUAUAUAUUUAUACAUAUAUGUAUAUGUACACAGGCACAAUUCUUUUGAUAAGGGAGGAUCAACAACAAAAGAAAGCUGUACAUAUGUAUAUAUGAACCUGCUAGGUCCUCUCUGCUGUGGUAGUAAGUCCCUGAAAGGACAGAACAUCCUCUGAUCCAGGAGAUAGAUUCUCACUAAUAUUCCUUUUCUGAACUGUUGUAAAGCUGUAAUCAAGGUUAAAUGCUGUAUUAUAGUUCACUUGAACAGAAUUUAGUAUAAAAUAGAAUAAUAUUUUCAUGUGUUAGGUUGUGUAAAUAAGCUAAUCUUCAAGAAAUUAUUAGUCAUGAACUUUCUUAGAAUGCUCUUGUGUCUAAAAAUAAGUAACUUAAUAAAAACAGAAGGGAGGGAGAAGCAAACGAAAGUGGGAAUGCCAAGAAAGAAGUCAAUAUAUAAAUAGAGUGUAAGCUCAAUAGAACUUUUUUUAGGAACACAGCAAGUUUCAACAUGUAGCCAUUACCAUUCUUGCAGCCUGUCCUUGUGAAUGUGAAUGUAAACUGCUUUACUUAAUGAUGUAAGUGAUUUUUCUCAUUUGUAUCUUUUCAGUUACAAACUUUUAUGCAUUUCAGGAGUGAGUCACAUUUCAAAUCUUUGGAGGAAAUUUUCAGGUCAGCACAAACAUGGAAAUGUAUUUGAAAUAUUUUAAACACUGGACCCCAGAAGCUCUGCUGAACUGGAGAAAUUUGUUUUACAGUAUAGGAAGAUGACGUUGCUAUACUUUGGAAAGCUCAGCCAGGCUUGACUUCAUUCUUGGCAGUUUUGUUCUUGUCAUUUGGGGUACUUUGAGAAGAGAGCAGUUUCACAGUAUUCCUCAUAUUCAUUCUUUGCAAGGAGCAUCUUAACAGAGAUAGCUAAACUCAGCAGUGGUACUUUUAGCCUUCCUGAGAUAACCACAAGCACUGGCUUGUUGAAGCUAAGAAUUUUGCCACUUCUUCCUCAUCUCCUCCCCCUUUUCCUGCUCCCCAAGAAAAGAGAGAGGUUUGUUAAAAAGAAAACCAAUAGCUAUCUUAGAAUACCUCUGUGAAGGCAUUUUUGAUGAUAGUGCAGAAGGUAAUGAAGGGGUACAAUUAAGUGUAUUUCAAGACAAGCAUCACAUCAGACACAAAUAGAGAAUGCAGACUUUAAAAAUUAAAUGGGCGGCUAUGCACUGUGGAUAGAGCACUGAUCAUGGAGUCAGAAAAACUGGAACAUAUAUCUUGUGUCAGAUAUCAGCUGUGUAACUUGGUCACGCAGCCUCAGUUUCCUCAUCUGUAGAAUGGGCAUAAUAAUAGUACCUACCUCUUAGGGUUGUGAGAAUAGAAUGAGCUAUUUGUAAAGCGCCUUUGCAAACAUAUGCACCGUACAAAUGCUGAUUACUAUUAAAAGCAAGAUAAGGUGGGCAAUAAUGACUGGAGUUUAGCAGUUGCUUUCUAGUUUGGAAUUUUUGUUAUUUUGUUUGUAAUAGUGAUGGUUAAGUGAUUUUACUGGUUAACUUGGAUUAACAACUGGUUCAGUUUCUUUCAUCCCAGCAAGCUUUUGUAUGUCUGAAUGGUCUUUUCCCAUAUCACAUAGAAUUUGGGAUCCUAUUUUUUUGCCAUUUGGGGGCAGCACUGUCCCAUGUCCUUAGGUGUGAUAGAAAGAAUACUGAUUUUAAAGUCCAAAGAUUUAUAUUCAAAUGCUGGCUCAUCCAUUUGGGACCUGUGUGAGUGACUUUGGACAAGUCACUUUAUUUCUCUGGGUCUCAGUUUCCACAUCUGUGAAAUGAAUAAAUUGAACAAAUGACUUCUAGGGUCUUCCCUUUCAAUUCUAAAAUCCUGUGAAGGAGCCUCAGACCAAGUGAGUAAGAUGUGAUUUAGAUACAAAGAUAUAGUUAGCCCUUCCAGUACUAUUACCUAUUUUAGACUUUAGCAAAUAAUAAGGGUAUUGCUUCUCACCUUCAUUACAUACUGUUUUAAUUUAGAGUAAUCCAUUUAGGAAAUAUUCCAUCUAAUGUCACCAAGUACGUGGCAAAGAGCAAGAUAACAACAAGAACAAUCUCACACUUUAAAGAUUGGAAACGGUUGUCUCAUUUGAUGUUCACAAAAACCCAGUGACAUAGGUGCUAUAAUCUCCAUUUUACAAAUGAGAAACCUGAGGUUGAGAAAGGUUAAAUGACUUUCUCAGAGUCACAUAGUUAUUACUAAGUGUCUGAAGCAGGAUUUAAACUUGGGCCCUCCUGAUUCCCAAGCCUGGUACUCUAUCCGAUACUACCUAAAGGCUGUAUCAUAAAUACCAUGAAUCAAAUGAAGAGGACAGUACAAGGUGGAAACACAGAAAAAUAAUGGGCCUAUCAUAAAAUUGAAUGUCCAUGGUUUCCAUAGUAAUAGCUACAAUUCUGCUGCUGAUGUGGAAAACUACAUGGAUACGAUAGUCAUCCUUGUCCACUGAAAUCUGUUACAAUAGUCUUCUGUGCCUGACCAUUAACUUGAAAGUAUCAGAUGAGUCAUGUGACUUAUCAUUGCCUCUGUAGGAUCGUAGAUUUAGAGCUGGCUGGGAUCUCAGAAGCCAUCUACUGCCACCAUCUCAUUUUAUAGACUGAUGGGGACCCUACUAAGUAACUUAGCAAGUUCACUGGCAGAAGUGGAAUUGAAACCCAGGUCCUUUGAAUUUAGAAUCUGUAUGUGUUCUUUCCACUGUGCUAUUUUAAUUCAGUGUUCAUACGACCAUCUUCUUAAAUAUGUCUCAUGUGGCUGGAGGGCUAGAACGUUAAAGCUGGAAAGGACUCAAGGCUUCUGCUAGUCCUACCUCCUUAUUCUUAAAAAUAAGAGAACUGAGGCCUAGAGAAUUUAAGCUAUUCAUCCACUGCUAGUUAGUAACAGAACACGGUCUCUGAUCUCAGGUCUCCUGAUCCCUACACUAGGAGACAGUCCCUUUAAUAUGGUAGUAGUAACAGUAGUAGUGGUGGUAGUAGUAGCAGCAAUAAUAGCAGCAGCAGCAGUAAUAGUCAUCUUUUUUUCCUCAAAAAAAAACACCCUCUUUCCUCAUUCCUCUACCUCCUUGGAACCUAUGCAGUUAUACAGUAUUAUUUACCCAGAAAAUUGCACUCAUAGAAACAUUACAACUGAAGUGAAGACCAGAAGGGAAGGACUAGAUGAUCUUGAAUUUGUAAAUAAAACCUAGGACUAUAUGCUUCUGAGAUUUUUCCUCUGCAUUGAAAAGCAGUACCCAGAAGUUUCAUGGCAGUAAAGCUCCAGCCAGAUGUUUUGUUAAAACCUCAUGCAGGUGGGACUAAGAAGUAAUGCCGUCUUUUUAAAAAAAAAAAAAAAAACAAAUAUACAAGAAUAUAGGCAUUCAACAGAAUAACAUCCAAAAGAAUUUUUUUAAUGCUUUGGGCAUCAUUGAAACGAGGAAACAACUCUUGUUUGGAUGUCUAGAUUUUGGUAUGUUUGUUAAAGGGAAUCUAUUGCAUUAUUUUAUUUUGUGACACCUCUUUUACUUGAAAAUUCAGCCUCACCUAUUUAUCUUAGAUUAAAUAAAAUGGCUGAGACCAUCCUUAAUAUUUUCACAUAAUAGCAGCUUGAGAAGAAAAUAUCUUAAAAUUAUUUGGAGGGAAAUAAUCACUUUUUUUAAUUGGAAAAAAUAUACAUUGUCAUUCUUUAAAGUAUAAAAAUCUUUAAUCCCAAUAUUUAGGAUGCUACAUUUUUUUAUGCCAAUCCUAGUUAUUAUUCAGUUACCAUAUUUCUAUCUAGCUUUACUAUGCCUUGAUGGAUGUUAUAGUUUUUUUAAAAACAAAAACAAAAGAAUAGAGAAUAUAAGUCUCACCAUUGACUAGGAAGCAAGGUAUACAGGAAGGUAGAAUGUAGAAAAUGCAGACUUCCCUAGGAUAGAGAGAAUUAUCCCUCUCUCCUUCACACUAGGAAGGGAGAUAGGUCAAAUAAAGACCACUUAUAAAAGUAACAGUUGGUCUCUCUACUUCUAAAUCUAAAGAUUUUAAAUUUAAAGAUUUUAAAUGAUGACCCACAAGUUUAUCAAUGCAAUGUUAUAUCUUUUCCACAAUUUUUUAACCUGUGACUCAUACUCUAACACUUUAUUAUUUCUUAAAAGAAGCAAUUUUUAAAAAUUAACUUCUUUUUCAUACCAUAUAAAUGAUAUGGGGAAAGUAUUAUAUAUCUUUUAGGUAAUAAAGCAUAAGAGAGAGAGAGAGAGAGAGAGAGAGAGAGUGUGUGUGUGUGUGUGUGUGUGUGUGUGUGUGUGUGUAUGAAAUCAUACCCCUUUGGGUAUAUUGAAGCAUAAGACAGAAGUUGAGUACCUCUACUUACUGGUGUAAUAUUUAUUUAACAGCACUGGAAAUGUCUCAUUUCAUGAUGAAAUCUCUCCUUUCUGGCACAAAGUAUGGAUUUUCUGUAGGUUAUUUUAAUUUUGAGGUUUACAGAACCCCUUUCUGCAUACUGAAAACCCAAUCAGAUUUCUAAGCUAUUUAUAUUACAGUAUUAAUACACCUUCAUUGAUUAAAAAUGGAGUCUAAGGGAAGGCCAAAGCCCUUCUCUUCUACAGUUAAUCCCAUAUCCAAGUAAUCCAUGUGAUUUCAAGGUCUGUCUUACAUAGUUUUGUUAUAUUAUUCUGUGUUGUUGGAGAAAAAUGAGAAAAUUAUUUCAUGUUCCUCAUCUUCUAUAAGGUAUGUAUUUGCAGUUUCCUUAAAUCCAGCCAAGUUCUAUGGUAUUCAGUGACUUAAUAUAUUGAGGCCGUCCAACCUGAAGUGUCAAGUGGAGUAAGUGGUUGCCUAUUCAGUAUGAUUUGAAGAGCCCAGAACAUGGAUAGCUGCCCCAAAAUAUCUUUCUAUUCCUGGUGCCCCACUGCCUGAAAUUCUAACAUUAAAAUAUGCAUAUACAUACCUGGUAAAGGUAAUACACAAAGCCAUUAAUACCAUCAUUUCUAUUAAUUUAUCUUGUUAAAUUCAUUUCUGGCACAAGUAACUUGCAGAACAAUAUGCAAAUUUUCAGUAUCUGGGGUAGGGGUGGGGGUAGAAGAGAUAGAGAUUGGGAUGGGCAGAAACAAAUGUCUAGGCUGGACCUGGAUUCACUUUAAUUUCUGUUAACUAAGUUCUUGUUUUCAAUCAAAUGAGGUUAUGAAACUUAUAGAAAAAAAUGUCCUAACAUGUUACAAACUUGAAAUGUGUAUAAUUGUGCCCCAUGUAACUAAAGAAAAACCCUCAAGUGAGUGUCUUCACAUUUAAACCAUUAUAUUUUGUCUUUACAUACCAUUAACUAAUAGAAUAAGAACUAGAUUUUUUAAAAUGAGAAAGCCUGUUAAUUUUUAAAAAAUUGUUAAAACAAGCACUUUAACAUACACAUCACAGAAACUGUCUUGGGUUUUUCAGAUUUUAAAGUACAUUUAAAUAUGGCUUUUCAUGCUAUUUUCUUUACAAAUAAAACUGUAAGAUUAAAACUCUGUGUCAUUUUAUUACGCUAGACUCCUGAUUAAUCCUGAAAAUCAAUAAACCAUAAAAACACAGCAAAAUUAAAUUAUGUGGAGUAGUCAUUGUAUUGCAAUUCAGAAAUCUGUAUUUCUGAAUUGCAGAAACAUGUAGUAUUGCAGUCAUAUGUAACCAAUUAAUAUGAUCAAAGGCACACACCACUGGCCAAGGUCCAGAGUAAGUAUACAUACAUACAUACAUCUGUACAUUUAUGUGUUUACAUAUAAACAUAUGUAACAUAUACUCGUAUGUGCCUAUAAGUA